CCAGAAAUAUUUGAAAAUCAAAAUGUACUUCAGCAGCUUCGAUGUGGGGGAGUUAUGGAGGCAAUUAGGAUAAGCUGUGCUGGGUUCCCCACUCGGAAGGCAUUUGACGAAUUUGUUAAUCGUUUUCGUAUCCUUGUUCCCGAGAUUAUGAGUGACAGUAACAAUGAGAUCGCCGUUUGCAAAAGCAUUUUAGAGAAGGCUGGUCUCAAAGGUUAUCAGAUUGGUAAAACAAAGGUGUUUCUUAGAGCUGGUCAGAUGGCAGAUUUAGAUGCUCACAGAAAUGAAGUCCUUGGAAGGUCUGCAUGCACUAUCCAGAAAAAUGUCCGCACAUAUUAUACCCGCAAAAGUUUUAUCAUGUUGCAGGGUUCAGCAAUAGGAAUCCAAACUGUGUGCAGAGGUCAACUUGCACGUAACCUCUAUGAGCGCAAGAGGAAGGAAGCAGCUUCUUUGACGAUUCAGAAGUAUGGACGAAUGCAUCUUUCAAGGACAGCUUAUAUAUUAUUGUGGAAUUCAGCUGUUUCUAUACAGACUGUGUUGCGCCAAAGGGCUGCACGUAACGAGCUUAAAUAUAGAAAAGAAACAAAAGCAGCCAUCUUAAUUCAGAGACAUGGCCGUGGACACUUAGCGCACCUUCAUUACAGGAGGGUGGUAAAAGCUGCAAUUGCAACACAAUGUGCAUGUAGGGUAACACUUGCCCGAAGAGAGCUAUACGUGCUCAAAAUGGCAGCAAAGGAAGCAGAUGCUCUGCAAAAACAAGUGGAAGAGCUUACCCAGCAAUUGCAAGUGGAGAAGCGCAUGAGGGUUGAAAUGGAGGAAUCUAAAACACAGGAAAUUUCCAAACUACAGUCUGCUUUAGAAAAAGUGCAGUUUCAACUAGAAGAAUCCAAGAAGAUGAACAUGCAGGAACAAAGGAUUGAAAAUAUUGAUGAAAAGGUGCUUGUUGCAGAAGAGGUCAAGGUUGAUAAUCGUGAUGAUCACGAAAUGGUCAAUAAGCUUACUGCUGAAAAUGUGAAGCUUAAGGCUUUAGUUACCUCAUUGGAGAGUGAAAUUGAUGAGACAAACAAACUUAGUGAAGAACGAUUGAAGCAGGUUAUGGAGGCUGAAUCCAAAGUGAUUGAAUUAAAGACUGACAUGCAGAGAAUUAACGAGAAGCUUUCUGAUAUGGAAACUGAAGUCCACAUACUCAGGCAAGAAGCGUUAUUGAAUCCGGGGUCCAAAAGAACGUCAGAACAUCUAACAGUAUCUCAUGAGCUUUCAGAGAAUGGUUUUCAAGAAUCUGAAACACUAUCACCUAACGAACAUGGCGCGGAAUCUGAUAAGCAGCUGAGUAGAACUCAAAACGAGAGGCAGCGGGAGAAUGUCGAUACUAUUAUCAAAUGUGUCUCUGGAGAUCUUGGGUUCAGCAAGGGAAAACCAGUUGCAGCAUUUACAAUAUACAAAUGCCUUCUUCACUGGAAAUCCUUUGAAGCAGAGAAAACUAAUGUUUUUGACCGUCUAAUUCAGAUGAUUGGUACUGCUAUAGAGGAUGAGACGGACAAUAAUCACAUUGCAUAUUGGCUAUCAAACACAUCUAUGUUAUUGUUUCUGCUCCAAAAGACACUAAAGGCGUCUGCUUCAAGUCAACCUCAAACUUCCCAGCCAACAUCUUUUUUUGGAAGGAUGUUCAGGUCAUCUUUUACUUCAUCCAGCCUUUCAAUUCGGGGACUUGAUGGCAUCCAACUGGUUGAAGCAAAGUAUCCUGCUUUGCUAUUUAAGCAACAGCUCACUGCAUAUGUAGAAAAGAUAUAUGGAAUUCUUAGAGAUAACAUGAAAAGGGAUCUUUCACAACUACUUACGUCAUGUAUUCAGGUUCCUCAAAUAGAAAAUGAAAACUCAACAAUAAGUCCAUGGCAAAGCAUCAUUGGGAGCCUUAAUGGACUUCUCACUGCACUGAGAGGAAAUUAUGUGUUUCCAUUUCUUAUCCAAAACAUUUUUGCCCAAAUCUUCUCUCAUAUGAAUGUACAGUUAUUUAACAACCUCCUUUGCAAAGAAGGCUGUUGUACUUUCAACAAUGGGAAAUAUGUAAAAAGCGGGUUAGCUGAAUUAGAACAUUGGUGUGGGCAGGCAACAAAAGAGUAUGUGGGCUCCUCUUGGGAUGAGUUAAAGCAUGUAAGGCAGGCUGUAGGAUUCUUGGUUCUCCAGGAUAAAGAGAAAGUUUCCUAUGAUGACCUAACAACUGACUUGUGCCCUGUUUUGAGUAGCCAACAGCUUUAUAGAAUAUGUACCAUAUGUUCGGAUGAGAACAAUACUAAAACUGUGUCCUCAGAUGUAAUUUCAAACAUUAAGGUACUAGCAUCAUCAGAGGAUUCAGAAGACGCCGACAGUAAUUAUUCGUAUGCCUUGGAUGAGAAUUUGAGCAUCCCUUUCUCAGCAGAUGGCCUUAACAUCUCCCUCAAGGAUAUUGAUUUCAUUGGGGUAAAACCUGCUGAGGAACUCCUUGAGAAUCCCGCCUUUGAAUUUUUACGCGAAUAAUUAAGGCAGUGGCUUCCAAGCAUAUACUCCAUCCGUCCCAAUAUUAAAGUCUCCCUUUCCUAAUUUGGUAUCUCAAAAUUAAAGUCUCCAUUCCAUU